UAUUAAACUGUUGCACAAAUUGUCAGGACAGGAAUUCCUUCGACUCUGCAAGAAGUUUGAAAUAGUGGAUUUCCAACGUAUAAUAAUUGUACAAGAAACGUUCGUCAUCUGGAUACGUUUGUGCUGAUUGGAUUAUGCGGAACGUUGCGUGGAAAGAACAUCCACACAAAAUUCCGUUUAGAGGACAUUAGUGCUAGCUAGGAAGUGAAUGUAAUAUUUCCAACUCAAAAGGCCGUAAAUAGUUUCGUUAUCAGUAUGAGCAGUUUCAAUAAUAGCCAUUGCAUGGUUGUUUGACUGAUAAGAGAAAGAGCAAUUGGUGGAUGCGGAGACAGAUAGGACUGCCUGUCCGGGACGAAAACCAGAAGAGUCACAUAACACCGUUUAAGGUGAAAAAUAUCAGCUGAAUUCGAAGAGAGAGAAAGGCGAAGAAAGUGAUACAAAGUGUUACCCAAAAAAGAAGAAGACAAACAACCGACAAAGUAAAGUGAAAUCGUGACGAGUGAUGAUCGUUCGGCCCGGUCUAGUACCUAGCUGCGGCGGUGGAUGAAGUGGAUUUCGCAGCAUUCGAUUGCCUUUGUUUAUUUGUUUGCCUGGUUGAUUAGAGUACUGGUGGUAGUAGAACGCAAACCAGGAAGCACAUCACCGAUAUGGGGGUCUGUUUGUGCAAGGAUAAAGUGGAGGAAGGGUAUCUGAACGAGAACAGUCGUGAUUCCUACACGGCCAGUGGGACGGACUUUGGAAACGAUGGGACGCAUCACGGCGGUGGUCGGAUGGCGGGGUCCCAUGGGGGAAGAUGUCUGAGGGCUGACCGGAAGGCGUCACUCUCGGAUACGGUGGACGAUUUGGUGAAGGAAACACUCGAUAUUAUAGGAUCCAUCGUCGACAAUGAACCGGAACCUCCCAACUCGAUGGUUAUGCUCCAUGAUAUUACCGACAAACCCACCGGGUGGAUUCAACUAGUCAAAUCGCUAAUACGAGUCGUCCCUUUGGAGCAUCCGAUGGGUCCAAGCGUAAUCACACUGCUGCUGGAUGACAGUCCACUACCAACGAAAGAUUCGGUCCUGGAGGUGGCAGACAUGAUAACGCACUCAAUCAGACGCACGCCCAAACGUGAGCGAAACCUUUGCGUGAUUCUCGGUUGCCUAGCGGAGAAACUGGCCGGCCCCAGCAGCAUAGCGGUACUGUCCGACGUCACACUGGGUUAUCUGCUGGGAAAUCUGGAUGAAGGCAUCAAUCCGGACGUUAUGCUCUUCUCACUGAUCGCACUGGAGAAAUUUGCACAAACAAGUGAAAAUAAGGCAACGAUAAAGCGCAAGUUGGCCCUCUAUCCGGAGAAUCCGCUGACGCGGCUCGAGCGACACAUGAACAGUAAAGAAUUCAUUCUCAGACAGGUCGGCUUCUGUGCUCGAUGGUGCCUUGAUAACUAUUUCCUCAUCGAUGGCCGCAAGUACUCGUACGAGGUAGCGGACGUCGGCAACGUGAACGUCAUGCUCAACACCCGAGACGUUAGCGAGUAUCUGAAAAUCUCACCAGACGGCCUGGAGGCGCGCUGCGAUUCGUAUUCCUUCGAGAGCGUCCGCUGCACCUUCCAGGUUAACACCGGCUGCUGGUACUACGAGGUACUGAUCAUAACCCCCGGUGUGAUGCAAAUCGGCUGGGCCACCAAGGACUCGAACUUCCUGAGCCACGAGGGCUACGGCAUCGGGGACGAUGCGUACUCGAUAGCGUUCGAUGGCUGUCGUAAACUGAUCUGGCAUAAUGCGCGUUCGAUGUCGCACGAUCUACACAUCUGGAAGGGCGGUUCGGUGCUGGGUUGUCUGCUGGAUCUGGAUGCGCGGGAAGUUAUAUUUAGUUUAGACGGAGUGGAAGGUGGAAUACUGAAGCAAGUGUUCGGUAGCGCAAAGGAUGGCUUCUUUGCGGCAGCGUCAUUCAUGUCGUUCCAACAAUGUAGGUUCAACUUUGGAUCAACGCCUUUCGUGCAUCCACCGAAAAAUCGUCAGUUUAUGAGUUUCAACGAUCAUGCUGAAAUGAAUGAUCAAGAUAAGAUUGUGCUUCCACGUCAUCUUUUCCUGGAACAGCUUCGGAAGCUGAGCGUACGGGAGGACUCUUGCACGUUGUGCUUCGAUAUGAGCGCAUCGAUUCGAAUAGAGCCCUGUAAGCAUCGCGGGUUCUGUACAAACUGUGCCGCACAGCUGCAAUUCUGUCCAAUGUGUCGGGCCGAAAUCGUCAGCACGGUGCAGGAAGUGGCCCUAGAUAGUCCCCUAUCGGAUGAGGUAAUUGCAACAACCUGAUGAUAGUGAUUGGUAGGUCUCUGCGCGCAGAUAUGCAGUUGCCUAAUAAGAACACAUACACAAAAUAAAGUGGCAUUAGGAGUUAAGAUCAAUCGGAAUUCCGUGAACGGUUAGGAAGGAAGGAGAAAACAAAUUUUGUGAUAAUAUGAAUAUUUAAUACAAAAAUAGCUAACGUUAAUUUUAGUCGUACCGACAAAGUAAGGCAACAUCGGAACUUAUUUUAAUUAAAUCCUCUCGAAGUAACCGGCUAGUUUAUGGCCUCUCGAUAUCUAACGCGUUUGAUUCACCAACAAAUCAGGUGAAAACUCAAUUUUGAAUAGUUUCAAAUAGAAAUGUCUCAGUUUAGGUUGAUUAAAUGUAACAUUAUCAAAAGGAUGAUGAUCAAAUUAUAAGAUUUAUUUAAAACA